AUGGGGUUUAGGGAUAAUGGAAUUCAAGCAGGGAGUUUGGAUGUGGGGAAGAAGUCAAAGGGAAAGAUGAACAAGGGUGGUGAUGAUGAGAAGGAAAUUGGAUGUUGUGUUAAAUUUUAUUGCUUUGGAAAGUGUAUACCUUCAAGAUCAAAAGUUGAUUCUUCCAAAAGUGGCACCACAAGUGCUUAUAGUAUUAGUGUGGAAAAAACAUCUGCAUGUGAGAAAAGGGAAGGGGAAAGGAGUGCUCCACCGGGAUCUUCGACAACUAGUAAUGCAGAAAGUAUCCCUUCUACUCCGAAAAUUAGUGAGGAGUUGAAGUUUUCUUCUGAUUUGAGAAAAUUCACAUUCGUUGAGCUAAAGAUGGCAACUAGGAAUUUUCGACCCGAGAGUCUUCUUGGUGAGGGAGGAUUUGGUUGUGUAUUCAAAGGUUGGAUUGAAGAGAACGGAACUGCACCUGUGAAACCAGGUACUGGACUUACCGUUGCAGUCAAGACCCUCAACCAUGAUGGACUUCAGGGUCACAAAGAGUGGCUUGCUGAGUUAAACAUUCUUGGUGAUAUUGUUCACCCGAAUCUGGUUAAAUUGAUUGGUUUUUGUAUCGAAGAUGAUCAAAGAUUAUUGGUUUAUCAGUUUAUGCCGCGUGGAAGUUUGGAGAACCACCUCUUCAGAAAAGGGUCCUUGCCUCUUCCGUGGGCCAUUAGAAUGAAAAUUGCGCUCGGCGCAGCAAAAGGACUUAAUUUUCUCCAUGAAGGAGCUCAAAGGCCUAUAAUCUAUCGUGAUUUCAAGACGUCUAAUAUUCUAUUAGAUGCGGAAUAUAAUGCAAAGCUCUCUGAUUUUGGACUUGCUAAAGAUGGUCCUCAAGGUGAAAAUACACAUAUAUCAACAAGAGUUAUGGGAACAUAUGGUUAUGCAGCUCCGGAGUAUGUAAUGACCGGUCAUUUGACAUCAAAAAGCGACGUCUAUAGUUUUGGCGUAGUGCUACUUGAAAUGCUCACUGGCCGACGGGCUGUUGAUAAGAAUAGACCGAACGGGGAACACAACCUUGUCGAGUGGGCGAGACCUGUACUAGGAGAACGAAGAUUGUUAUUCCAGAUAAUCGAUCCUCGUCUCGAAGGUCACUUCUCGGUCAAAGGAGCACAGAAAGCCGCCCAACUAGCCGCUCAAUGCCUUAGCCGCGAUCCAAAACUCAGACCUAUGAUGAGUGAAGUUGUUCAAGCUCUAAAGCCUCUGCAAAACCUCAAAGACAUGGCUAUCACGUCGUAUCACUUUCAAGUCGUGCGAGUAGAUCGUACGAUGUCGAUGCCGAAAAACGGUGCGCAAUCACAGUUAACAUCUUUAUCGAAGAAAGGUCAGCCUAUGAGGAUAUUGUCGAGUCCAAAUGGUCAAAACGGUUCUCCGAAUUAUCAUUAUAUCAAGUCGCCUAAACCUAAUGGAUAG